AUGAUGGGCAAGCCUCCUGCUGCCAUAUUCAUCGCUAGGCACGGUGCCCGUCUAGACGCUGCUAAUAAAGACUGGCACCUGACGUCCGCAACUCCAUAUGACCCUCCUCUUUCCUACGGCGGCUGGCUCCAGUCUCGCGCGCUCGGUGUGCGAAUAGUCAACGAGCUUCGGACUUUGGAAGAUCAACUGGACCAGCCCACACAGGGGACCGAAGGGGCCAAGUUACAGCCUCACCGCGCCCAAGAGCGAAAAUCGAAACGCAGAAUCAUCAUACAUACCUCGCCUUUCCUUCGUUGCGUACAGACGGCCGUCGCGAUCAGUUCUGGGAUUAGUCAGAACUAUGCUGACAUCGACACGUUCCGUCCUACACAGGCUCCUUCUUCGGACCAGUCGAAUGGCGCGGUCCCUGCAUCCGCGCCAACAAGCAGUUCCGAAUCCGAUCCUCGAAAUACCCAACGCUGUCUUCUCCGCGUAGAUGCGUGUCUUGGAGAAUGGCUCAACCCCGGCUAUUUCGAGAAUAUAAUCCCUCCUCCGAAAUCGGAGCGAAUGGUUGCAACUGCGAAAACGGAAUUGCUGCGUCGGGAUGCAGGCACCGUUCCGGUAGCAGACAUCCAGAACAAACUAUCCGUCGGCCACUUUCCGGGAGGCUGGGGCAACCUCGUCUCUAAUAAAGGCGAGGAGGUUAGUAACAGUGAACUGGAGUCGGCUUCAACUAUAAUCAGACGGUCAAGCCAGAGAAAUCGCGCCGGUAGUUACGACUCUCUAAGAGCCGUCGAUACACCGUUGGGUCGGAGAAUGCUCAAAAUAAACACAGAUCUUCCAACAAUCCCGGACCUGGCGUACAGUCCUCCUGUUCCCAGCUAUGCCAUUGCUUCCUCCAGCCCUAUCCCAGAUGGCUACGUAACACAUGCGCGUGAUGCUUGUGUUCUGGUAGACUAUCAGUGGGACAGCAUGCGUGAGCCACAAAACUUCGGCAACGGGGGUGAGUACGGCGAUGAAUGGAGUACGAUGCAUACUCGUUUCAGAAACGGUCUUGAACGGAUCAUCCAGUGGUACCAGAAUAAUAAUACGUCGGUGGCUCCUUCGCACCGACGGACACGUUCACAGUUGCAAUUUUUGGAACAGGAUGAGGUAGAUGACUCGGCCAGCGAUACCAUCUUAAUCAUCGUAACUCAUGGAGCUGGUUGCAAUGCCUUGAUCGGUGCUUUGAUGGGGGGGCCCGCAUUUGUUGAUGUCAACACAGCUUCACUAACCCUCGCUCUCCGCAGGGAUUGCGUGAAAGAGCCCGUUCAGGACGUCGACAGGUCGAAGCCGCACGAGUUAUUGAACGGCCCAUCUAGCUUCGAAGAUUAUCGCCUGGUGGAAGUUGCGUCAACAGACCAUCUACGACCCGGGACGAGCCCAACCACCUCCGUCCGCUCUCCUUCGAUCAGCAGCCUACCUUCCCCAUCAUUUCCCUCAUACCGCCAGCGCUUCUCAUCGCGGGCGUCUUUCUCAUCAGGCCCCGGUAUCCUAGGGCCGUCGCUCAAAUCAAACUUGCAAUCAUGGACUAUGCCACGAGCAUCGUCGGGACUCUGGAAUUCUGUGUCUGGCGACGAGGAAGCAGUGGAAGACCUUGUUCCCGACUUCGGGGCGCCGCUUACCACCACGUCUAUUCCAGGUAGUGACAUCGCCGGUAACACCCUGACUUCAAAAACUGGCAGUUCUACCUGGUCGGCGCAACUGCCGCAACGAACAUUGUCUCAACGCGGCCUCUGGGGAAGCGCUCCACUAAACAAAGAGCGGCAGGCCAGUUCGAACCGCCGCUGGACAGUGGCUGAACGACCGAUAUAA